GCAGAGACAGUAGUACAAGUCUUCUCGUGUUCAUCACAGCACUUUAAUCUAUUUACGCGUUUUUUUAAAUCAACUAAAUCUUAAAUCAAAAUGUUCAAAUUUGUAAUUUUAUUCGCCUGCAUUGCCGCCAUUGCCGUAGCUGCACCUGCCACUGAACGUGAAGACCGUGAAGUUGUGGAAAUUUUGAAAUCGGAAAUUAAUAAAAAUGAUGAUGGUUCCUAUCAAUUAUCCUACGAAGGUGGUGAUGGUACUACACGUGAUGAAACCGCUGUAGUCAUGAAUGCCGGUACUGAAGAUGAAGCUUUGGAAGUGAAGGGUUCCUACAAAUACAUCAACGAAGAUGGUGAAGAAGUUGAAGUUUUCUAUACUGCUGGUGUAAAUGGUUUUGUGCCUUACGGUAAGACCAUCAACAAAGAAAUCUCUGCUGUCGCUGAGGCUGCCAAGGAUUUGCCCAAAGAAGAACCUUACGUCAAAGUAGACAAAAAACAUGAAUAAUUCCUUCAAAAUUCCAUAAACAGUAAUCAAUUCUUAAUUUGAAUUUUUAAUGAAAAUGAAGUUUUAAUUAAGAAGCUGGUUACUGGUUACGAUCUUGGUAUGGUUUAAUAUACAAUUAAUUAUUUGUUUUAGUUUUUUUUUUUUUGAAUUUCUUUGUUAAGUCCCGUGUUUUUAUGUUUAAGUUAUAAAGAUAGCAGUUAAGAUGAGAUAGAGAGAGAUAAACUUUACUUUAACAUAGAAAUAACAAUUAAAGCCUAGUCUGUGUUUAAAUGUUUAAGAAUUAUAUACAAUAUAUAUUUGUAUAAGCCAGCGUGUAGAUUUAAAAAAAAUUGUAUAUACAAUAAAUUAAAAAAAAAGACGAAACAUAAUUUAUUUUCUCUUCUUUUUGCUUGAUUUGGUGCUAAAAUGUUUUAUGUAAAUAAGUAAUACGAGUAAUAUUACGUAAUUAAUUUAACCCUUAAACGGAUAAAAUAAGAUUGAAAACUUUAAACAUCA